AUGGCCGCGGCAGGGUCCCGCCAGUGCCAGUUCGGGGGCAGCGCCGCAUUCCCGGGGUACCGGCCCGCGCACACCGGAGGGCCGCUCCUGCCGCCCCCGAGCCCCGCCACCGCCCUGCUGCCCGCGAACCCCGCGGGCCCCGGCCCGGGUCGCAGCGCCGCGGCCGCUCUCUCCGGCUUCCUGGGGAGGGGUCCCGGGCCCGCCGCCGCCGCCGCCGCCGCGGCGCGGCCCCGCGCGGGCGUGGACCCGCCUGCGCCCCCCAGAGGCGCGGCCGCGCCGUCGGCGUCUCAGCGCCGCAAGCGCACGUCGUUCAGCCCGGAGCAGCUGCAGCUGUUGGAGCUGGUGUUCCGCCGGACCAUGUACCCCGACAUCCACCUGCGCGAGCGCCUGGCGGCGCUCACCCUGCUGCCCGAGUCCAGGAUUCAGGUGUGGUUCCAGAACAGGCGCGCCAAGUCCCGGCGUCAGAGCGGGAAACCCCUUCAGCCCUGCGCCAGGCCCGAGCUCCUCCUGCACCACCCGGCCCGCGGGACGGAGGCCAGGUGGCCGAAGCCCCAGCUGCCCCUCGAGGGAGAUGUGAACUGCCCGCCCCAUUCCAGCCAGGUCGGAGCGGGCGCCUCUGACCCUGGCGCCCAGGGUCAGAGUUGUGAAACCUGCUCUCUCCCUGAAGACAUUGGUUCAAAGCUGGACUCCUGGGAGGAACACAUCUUCGCCGCCUUUGGUAACUCCUGA